AGCUCAUCAAGGAAUACACAUAAUUUUCCAAUUUUUUAUCUUGCCUCUUUCAUCAUAGUGAAAUCCUUCGAGAAAUGGUCGACACAGGCGUUACAAAAAUCGCGGCCCUUCUGAGAACACUUCCACCGGAUAUCAAUGCCUACGCUGCUUUGAUCCCUUACAUCUACGCGCAGGCUUCGGCGCGUAAUCCAACGUGGAUGUCUUUUAUUUUGAUUGUCUUUCUUCUAGCGCAUAUCUCCAUAAUGACUUUGGCAACACUGGUCUUGAUUAAUCAUAUUCAAUCGGGACACUACUGGUUCAUGAAAAAGUUCAAAAGUGGACUUUUGAAGCCUGAUCGCGUACUUGUGGAGUCGAUAGGCUCAAUAUGUUAUGCAGCACUCACCAUUGUAGACAUGUCCUGUCAGCUAUACACAGACAUCGCUCAACGUCCCGUGCGAGGAAAACUUUUUCUUGAGUGGUAUCGCUGGCCUAUAGUCGGCUUCAUGUUGUGGUGCAUCAUGUGGGGUACUAUCGCGAACCGAGUGCGCGCUUUUUGGGACCCCACAUUUAGAGAAGACUCCAAUAGCGAACGUUGUGGGAUGCCUUCAUGGGUGAUAAACCUGCUCAAUGGAAUAUUUGUCUUCUGGCUUGUGGUAAAUGUUCCAGUUCUUUGCUCGAUCUAUAUUCCGGCUUAUCGUCGGCAAACCGAUAUUUUCAACACACUGGAUCGCGUGACCGAGGAACUACUCUUGGCGUCUACUGAGACGGAUACAUUACAAUUCUCAUGGGCUAAAUUGGAAAUGAUCAUAUCCCCAUUAGAAAGACUCCCAGAACUUUAUCAACAAUUCGCGUCGGCAUUCCUUAAAACCCAUUAUGCUUUUUUCGUUCUCGACUUCACCUUGAUGACUAUAUAUAUGAUUUUCGUCUACUUAACGUAUCGACAAUACAAGACUUUGCAUAAAAGUCCAACACACAUUCCGUUUGGAAUGGAUCCAAAUCGAAGCUUGAGGUUUACUUACCGUGAAGAAAUUAAAGCACUUUUUAUUGAAGCAGGCUGUCUGUGCUUCUGGUUGGCAUCAUAUAUGCCGGUGUUUGUGUGGACGGUAGCUGCAAGGUCUGGCGAAGAUCUCCUGCUUUCCCCACAAUCAGUAAUAGUACCUGAACUGAGUCUCGCCUCUGUGGCGUCUGUCGUUGGAAACAUUGUUUUGGCAUACCGGUUGGCUUCAACUAAGCGAAUGCUGGCGUAUAAGAAGACUCCAAUACCAUUAAACCCAGUACCCCAUGGGGAUUUGAAGAUGCAGGAUAGAAAAUCUGAAGCUGAUUGUCCACAUGAACAACAGGGUUCCCCCACAAGCUAUACUACUCGGGUAAAGGAUGACCAAGAGACUUCAUCAACGGGGUAAGAUUUUUCUCAUUUGAGUCAUGAUGUUUGUAUUUCUCUCCGCUCUUGAGUCUUGCCAUCAGACACACUAUUUUGUAAAUGCUCUUGUUCCUAGAUAGUAAAUGUGCAUCUAUUCUUCGAAUAUCUAUUUCAUGGCAUGGAUCUCCUCUUUAAACAGUACUGAUGCUCCCAUUUUCAAUCUACUCUCAACCUAUAUAUACGCUACUAGUUAAUGUAUCCUGAACUGUCUAAGAAACUUCAAUCCUUUUUUAUCUUUCUUAUAACCAAUUAGAGAUCUAGCUCUAUACCCACUUUCGCUUGUACUACAAUAUAUAUUCCACACAGAUCAGUUCCCGGAUCAAUCUCUUGGAAAUCCGGAUUACCUACACUGUC